ACUUGGCACAGGGUAAAGCUUCCACUGAGACAGGGGGUGGUGAUGGAUGGCUGGGGGUGCGGUUAAAGUGUCAGUCAGUCAGGUGCUGGUCCACACUUUGAAUGGGACUUUGACAUGCAAACACCAGGCACAGAUUUCAACCAUCAAACUGGGCAUAGUUUUUUAGCAGACAUGGUGGACACCCAGCAGCUCUUACCCUGGCCGGUGGGCUUCAGUCUGAGCGCCGUGGAUCUGCCCGAGCUGGACAACAGCACGCACUUGCUGGACAUGAAGCACUUAACCACAUUGGACUACGCUACCAUCUCUCCGUCGUCCUCCUCCUCUAUGUCGCCCUCGCUGGUUGCCUCCAUGUCCUCCGUCGGCGUGGCCUAUGAGCUCAGUCCUCCACAGAGCGAGGAUCACUUAACCGACCUGGAUUACACCAGCGUGCACAGCUACAGGACUCAGUUAGACUCCCACAAUUCUAUCAAACUGGAGCCAGAGUCGCCUCCUCAACACACCGAGAGUCCAACGUUCUCCAAACUACAGGAUGACACAUCGACUCCUGCACUCAACAUUGAGUGUCGUGUGUGUGGAGAUAAAGCCUCGGGGUUUCACUACGGCGUCCAUGCCUGUGAGGGAUGUAAGGGUUUCUUCAGACGCACCAUCAGAUUGAAGCUGGUCUACGAUCACUGUGACCUCCACUGUCGUAUUCACAAGAAGUCCCGCAACAAAUGUCAAUACUGUCGCUUCCAGAAGUGCCUGAAUGUUGGCAUGUCGCACAAUGCUAUUCGUUUUGGCCGGAUGCCACAAGCGGAGAAAGAAAAACUUCUAGCAGAAUUCUCGUCCGACAUGGAGCAUAUUCACCCAGAGGCAGCAGAUCUGAGGGCCUUGGCCAAACAUUUGUAUGAAGCCUAUCUCAAGUACUUCCCCCUCACCAAGGCCAAGGCCAGAGCCAUCCUUUCUGGCAAGACGGGUGACAAUGCACCUUUCGUCAUCCAUGACAUGAAGUCUCUGAUGGAGGGAGAGCAGUUCAUUAACUGCAGGCAGAUGCCCAUCCAAGAACACCAGCAGCAGACCUCCUUCCUUUCUGCCUCCAACGGAGGUGAGUGCCGCCAAAAUGAUGCAUAUUCACAAUCUGUUUUUUUCAAGUACAUCUCAUUCCCAGGCACUCUUCCGGGGUCAGAGUAUGGCAUUGUGGGAAUGACGAGCGCCGUGGAGCUGCGUUUCUUCCACAGUUGUCAAUCUCGCUCUGCUGAAGCUGUGAGAGAAGUGACAGAGUUCGCCAAGAGCAUCCCUGGAUUCAUCAACCUGGAUCUGAAUGAUCAGGUGACUUUGCUCAAGUACGGUGUGAUUGAGGUCCUGAUCAUCAUGAUGGCGCCGCUGAUGAACAAAGAUGGGACACUCAUCUCUUACGGGCAGAUCUUCAUGACGCGGGAAUUCCUCAAGAGUCUCAGGAAGCCCUUUUGCCAGCUGCUGGAGCCCAAGUUUGAGUUCUCCGUUAAGUUCAACAUGCUGGAACUUGAUGACAGCGACAUGGCGCUCUUUCUGGCUGUUAUUAUCCUCAGUGGAGACCGUCCGGGCCUCUUGAACGUGAAGCCCAUCGAGCAGCUCCAGGAAACGGUGCUGCACUCGCUGGAGCUACAACUCAAAGUCAACCACCCGGACUCUUUGCAGCUAUUCGCCAAGCUCCUACAGAAGAUGACCGAUCUGCGACAGAUCGUCACCGACCAUGUGCACCUCAUCCAGCUCCUGAAGAAAACCGAAGUGGACAUGUUCCUACACCCGCUGCUGCAGGAGAUCAUGAAGGACUUGUAUUAGAGAAAAAAAAAACAAAA